GGUAACAGCUGAUGAUGCAGGUCAUGUGAUCAGGUCUCUGGUUGUUACAGCAGCUCUCAGUGAGACUGUGUCAGUGUUUGACAAGUGAACAGAGGAACAUGGCUUCAUCCUUCCUCAGCUUCUCCGUCCUCUUCCUCGGACUGUACACAGCAGAUGGAUUUAUGCAUUUCACGGAGGACAGUUGUGAUUUUAACUCCACUGAUCUGAAGGACAUCGAGUUCACCCAGUCAUAUUAUUAUAACAAGAUGGAGUACACCAGGUUCAGCAGCAGUGUGGGGAAGUAUGUUGGAUACACUGAGUACGGUGUGGAGAACGCAGCGUACUGGAACAGGGACACUUCACAGCUGGCUGUGAUGAACGCUCAGAAGGAGACGUACUGCCAACACAACAUUCAGGUUGACUACGAGGCUGCUCUGACUAAGUCAGCGAAGCCCUACGUCAGACUUCACUCUGAGGGGGCUUCUGGUGGGAAACAUCCCGCCAUGUUGGUCUGCAGCGUCUUCGACUUCUACCCCAAACUCAUCAAAGUGAGCUGGAUCAGAGACGGACAGGAAGUCACCUCCGACAUCACUUCCACCGACGAGCUGGCAGACGGUGAUUGGUACUACCAGGUCCACUCCCACCUGGAGUACACGCCCAGGUCUGGAGAGAAGAUCUCCUGUGUGGUGGAGCACGCCAGCCUGGGGGAGCCUCUGGUUACUGAGUGGGACCCGUCCAUGUCUGAGUCUGACAGAAACAAGAUUGCCAUUGGAGCUGCAGGACUGAUCCUGGGUCUGACCUUGUCUCUGGCUGGGUUCAUCUACUACAAGAGGAAGGCCCGAGGGCGGAUUCUGGUUCCCAGCAGCUGAUCCUGGACCUGGUCCUGGAGCGGUUUGUCAGAUGGAAGGAGAAGCAGCCGCUGCUCCAACCUGCUUCAUGUGUUUUCAUUUGUGUAUUGAUCUUAACUCUGAUGCUCAGCUGAUCCAGGGAGAAUCAGGACGGAGGUCUUAACUCUGAAGUCCUGGACCAGCUUUACUCGCUUUACUGUGUGAAAUCAACAUUUGACUGUUUUCAGAUCAUAAUCCAGUUACUUCAAUGAUCAUGGGGCUCGUAGGGGUGUGACUGUUAGAUUUAUAGAUUUUUACUGGAGGAAAUGUUUUCUAUCCACAAUAAACCGUCAGACAACU